GCUUUCGCCGAGGACGGGCAAUGGUGUUGCGUGGCAUCAGAGUCGUGGAGUUGGCGGGCCUGGCCCCGGGGCCGUUCUGCGGGAUGGUCCUGGCGGACUUCGGCGCUCAGGUGGUGCGCGUGGACAGGCCGGGCUCCGUGGGCGACGUGAGCCUUUUGGCCCGGGGCAAGCGCUCGCUGGUGCUGGACCUGAAGCGGCCGCGAGGAGCCACCGUGUUGCGGCGCAUGUGCGCACGCGCGGAUGUGUUGCUGGAGCCUUUCCGCAGCGGUGUCAUGGAGAAACUCCAGCUUGGGCCAGAGACUCUGCUGCAGGACAACCCAAAGCUCAUCUAUGCCAGGCUGAGUGGAUUUGGCCAGUCAGGAAGUUUCUCCAAAGUAGCGGGCCAUGACAUCAACUAUUUGGCUUUGUCAGGUGUUCUAUCAAAGAUUGGCAGGAGUGGGGAGAACCCGUACCCACCGUUGAAUCUCCUGGCUGACUUUGGCGGUGGUGGCCUCAUGUGCACACUGGGCAUUGUGCUGGCUCUCUUUGAACGCACACAUUCUGGCCAAGGGCAGGUCAUUGAUGCGAACAUGGUGGAAGGAACGGCAUACUUAAGCUCUUUCCUGUGGAAAACUCAGCCCAUGGGACUGUGGGAACGGCCUCGAGGACAAAACAUGCUGGAUGGUGGGGCUCCUUUCUACACAACCUACAAGACCGCAGAUGGGGCGUUCAUGGCUGUUGGUGCAAUAGAACCCCAGUUCUAUAAGCUGCUGCUCAAAGGACUUGGCCUCAAGUCUGAUGAACUCCCCGCCCAGAUGAGCAUAGCUGAUUGGCCGGAACUGAAGAAGAAAUUUGCAGAUGUGUUUGCAAAGAAGACCAAGGCAGAGUGGUGCCAGAUCUUUGAUGGAACGGAUGCGUGUGUGACCCCAGUGCUGACUUUUGAGGAGGCCCUCCACCACAGCCACAACAGGGAACGGGCCUCCUUCAUCACUGAUGAGGAGCAGCACGCAAGCCCCCGCCCUGCCCCUCAGCUGUCCAGAACCCCAGCCAUCCCUUCCACCAAAAGGGACUCUUCCGUAGGGGAGCACACCGAAGAGGUGCUGAAAGAAUUUGGCUUCUGCCAGGAAGAAAUUGAUCAGCUGCGCUCGGAGAGAGUCAUUGAAAGUAGGAAGCCGAAAGCCAACCUCUGACUCAGGCACAAGUGAAUCUGCACGCUGCAUUUACACAGGAGAAUGAUAUGCACAA